UCAACCAUGGUAGGUGAAUAGUGCAAAAAUCAAAGUGAUGCAUUUAAAAAAAAACGAAGGGAUUACUUGAUUUUCUUAUACAUAGUAACUUUUUUUUUGUGAGGUGUCAUUUUCGUGAAUUUUUACUUUUAUUUAUUUAGCAACUAUCUUUGUGAUGUAAAUAUUUGAGUAUCAUUUAACGGCAAAGGUUUCCAAUUUUCAGAUUUAAGUAUCCCCUAUCUAGAAGUAUAAUAACUUUUGCGGAGUUAGAUUUGGUUUAAUUUUCCCUAAAAAAUAAAAUAAAAAAAAAAGUCCAGAACCCUCAAAAUUUUCAAAUCUUCCCAAUUCCCGGCAAAACCCCAAAUUAGCUCAAACUUUCUUCAAAUCCAACAAACGCCUGCUUAAGGGUUUCAGAAAAUGGUGGAAGGAAUGGAUACCAUCGUUGUAACACUCAGUGGAUACUAUGGAACUGAGCGAAUGAUGCUGAUAAAGUUGAUAUCUCUCGCCGGUGCCAAUUAUGUCGGUAGAAUGUCACCAUCUACGACUCAUUUGAUUUGUUGGAAGUUUAAAGGGAAGAAGUAUGAAUAUGCGAAGAAGUUUGGGACUUUGGUUAUCAAUCAUCAGUGGCUUGAAGACUGCAUUAAGGAAGGGAAGUGUAUUGCAGAGUUUCCCUAUACACUGCAUAGUGGGCAAGAAAUAGGUUUCAAAUUCCAGAGCCUUCCAGUUGUCAAGGAAACCACAGGCAUGCUAUCUGAGAAUACUGCUCUUUUGAACAAGCCAAACAUACGUGAUUGCCUCAAUGAUGUAAUAGAUCUGGAUCCUGAUGAAAUUGAGAACGAUGAUUGGGAUGACGAUUUGUUGCUAGAUGAGAACUCAUUUCCCAAACCAGGAAGCAGAAAAGCUGCUCGACAAUUGCCUAAGAGAAAAUUGGAUGAGGAAAUUUUUAGAGAAAGACGAUCAAAGGCAAAUACUAUUCAUGAACCCCUGAUGCCUAGAGUCAAUGGACUUCAGUGUGAAGAAUCAGAUUACUCACGCCAAUGCUCAUUUAAGCAGAGGAGUGGUGCUGAUACAAGCAAUUUGCCAUAUAUUGCAGAAUCUUCUCAUAGAAGCCGGCGACUUGUGAAGAAGAUUGCUAAAAGUUCUGUCAUUGAGAUAGCUACUAAUGAUGCUGAACAAAGCAGAACACAUGCAGAUGUCAAUGAGCUCCAUGUUGCUUCAAGCCCGACUAACGAGUCUGAUGACUUGACCACGGAGAUUGAAGCAAGCAUUAGCAGAAGGUUUGAGACUGCACCUUCUGUACAAGGAAGCGAAGAUGAAAUCAACAUUAUGAAUGAUCUAGGUCUUCUUUCAGACACAAGCUUGCACAAUGAUGAUACAUCAAAUUUCAAGGGGGGAAACAUGGAAGAGAGUAGUCUUGGUGUUCAAAAUUUUAAUGGGGAUAAACUUGGAAGAGAUCAAACAACAGUCAGUGCAGCAGUAGAGCUAUCUUGUGUCAUAUGCUGGACAGAAUUUAGCUCAUUAAGAGGAGUUUUGCCAUGUGGACAUCGCUUCUGUGUCUCAUGCAUCCGGAACUGGGCUGAUCACAUGAUUUCAAACAGGAAGGAACCUACAUGCCCUUUAUGCAAGGCCGGUUUUGUCAACAUUACAAGUCUCAAUGCUGCAGCCUCUCUGGAUCAGAAAAUCUACUCACAGACUAUACCAUGUGCAUCAUUAUCACAAGACAUAUUCUUUGUUUCAGAGGGUACAGCAAGUCACUCUGACGUGCAGGUCACAUUUCCCUCAGUCUGUUGUCACUGUCAGAGCCGAGAUCCGGAGGAUCUUCUUGUGUUCUGUCAGAUGUGCCACACGAACUGCAUACAUCAUUACUGCCUUGAUCCUCCACUGUUUCCUUGGACUUGCAUUGGCUGCAGAGAUCGUCGAUUGCUUUUCCGUAGUUGAAGGCCUGAUUUGUCUGUCUACUUUGUUCAGUUCACCUGUCUGUAUAAUCUGGUAGUCUGUUCUUAAAGAUAAAAUCGCAAAUAGUUUCGCAUUCCGUGGAAAUAAAUACAAUGUAGUUACAAGCCAUUUUGGCCAUGUUUACAAUCAACUGUUAGGAGUACAUUACACUAUGUACAAAUUCAAGUUGAUUAUGUUAAUUGAUUUGAAUGUAGUAUUGUAUUAGCUGAUUGUAUAAUUUAAAAUGUUUGGUAAUACAUUGUUUUGUUUGAUUUAUUAUAAUUA